ACCAUUAACAUCAGACAUGGUCAUGUGACAGAUUCCUUUGGUGAGUUGUUCAUUGCUCACAGUUAUGGCGGUGUUAGGGAGUCGAAAGGAUGGAGUACUGUCUUGAUUUUUGCUUUUCUCGUUGAUUCAGGAACUUGUCACCACUUUUAAUUUGUAAACAUUCUACGUUUUAUUCCUGCAACGAUGGCGGACCGAGGCGUGGAUAUGUUGGCACUACCGAAAGAGGUCAAGGACCAAUUGGCGGAGUUGGAUUUGGAACUGUCCGAAGGUGAUAUCACACAGAAGGGAUAUGAGAAGAAAAGGACUAAACUUCUGCUUCCCUUCUUUAUUCAUACACCAGAACCUUUCCCCCCUGCCUAUGAUGCCCAGGCUCCUGGUCCUAGCAACGCCUCUGGCUCCACCCAUGCCAAUGCUCACACCCAGGCUCCUCCACCCAGCUCCUCUUCCCGCUAUCGUGAUCGUCGCUCUCGGCGACCGCACCGCAGCGGAGGGACCAGGGAUGACCGCUACCGAUCAGAUAUCCACACAGAGGCGGUGCAGGCUGCGUUGGCCAAACAUAAGGAGGAGAAGAUGGCACUACCCAUGCCCACCAAACGCCGCUCCACCUACGUUCAGUCGCCCAUCAACAACUGCACCCCACCAGACUCGUCGUCAAGUUCAGAGGAUGAGGGUGCUCUGUUGAGACAGUCGUCAGUGGGUGCUGGUUUGGGGGCUCCUGCCCCUUCCUCUCUGCUGCAGCCCCCCAGUCUGCAGAGCCCUGACUCCUGGAUCAACCGCUCUGUCCAGGGCUCCUCCACAUCCUCUUCCGCUUCUUCCGCCUCCUCCACCCUGUCCCAUGGAGAGAGCAAGCCCCAGCCUCAACCAUCCCAGACCCAGACCCAAGCCCAGCCCCAGUACAAGCCACAGUACCAGCCCCAGUACCAGCCCCAGUACCAGCCCCAGUACCAGCCACAGUACCAGUCACAACUACAGCCACAGUCACAGCCACAGCAUCCAGCCAUAGCUGACAUGCUGGCUCAAGCACGCAUUGGCCUUUCAGAGAACAGUGGACCCCCCCCAGACGUGUUGGCGGCAGCCCCCCAGGCCAGGGGCUCCUCUCAGGUGGACCGGCCCAACAACCCUCCUGUGGUCCGGGGGAUGAGCCGCGGACAGAGUCGCUCCAGCAUGAUGGAGACAGCCGACGGUGUCCCGGUGAACAGCAGGGUGUCCACUAAGAUCCAGCAGCUGCUCAAUACCUUGAAGAGGCCCAAGAGGCCCCCCCUCAGUGAGUUCUUUGUGGAUGACCAGGAGGAGAUCGUAGAGGUGCCCCAGCCGGACCCCAAUACACCACGGCCAGAGGGCCGUCAGAUCAUCCCAGUGAAGGGGGAGCCCCUGGGGGUGGUCAGUAACUGGCCUCCGGCCCUCCAGGCUGCCCUGGCCCGAUGGGGAGCCACACAGGGCAAGAGCCCCGCCCUCACCGCCCUGGACAUCACUGGCAAAUCCCUGUACACAUUGACCUACGGGAAGCUGUGGAGCCGCAGUGUAAAGCUGGCCUACACCCUCCUCAACAAACUGGGACCCAAGAACGAGCAGGUCCUCAAGCCUGGGGACAGGGUGGCUCUAGUGUACCCAAACAGUGACCCUGGGAUGUUCUGGGUGGCCUUCUAUGGCUGCCUGCUGGCUGAGGUCAUCCCUGUCCCUAUAGAGGUACCUUUGUCUCGCAAGGAUGCAGGCAGUAGUCAGGUGGGCUUCCUGCUUGGCAGUUGUGGUGUAACUCUGGCUCUGACCAGUGAGAUCUGUCUGAAGGGACUCCCCAAGACGCCCACCGGAGAGAUACUACAGUUCAAAGGCUGGCCUCAGCUAAAGUGGGUGGUGACAGAUUCCAAGUACCUCACCAAACCUGGCAAGGACUGGCAGCCCCACAUCCCUACAGCUAACACUGACCCUGCAUACAUAGAGUACAAGGCAAGUAAGGAGGGCACAGUGAUGGGUGUGGCUGUGUCUAAGGUGGCCAUGUUAACCCAUUGCCAAGCACUGACCCAGGCCUGCAACUACUGUGAGGGUGAGACAUUAGUGAACGUUCUGGACUUUAAAAAGGACAUGGGCCUGUGGCAUGGAGUUCUCACGAGUGUAAUGAACAGGAUCCACACUAUCAGUGUGCCCUACGCUGUUAUGAAGGCUUGCCCUCUCUCCUGGGUUCAGAGGGUCCACAUACAUAAAGCGCGCGUUGCCUUGGUGAAGUGUCGUGACCUGCACUGGGCCAUGAUGGCACACAGGGAACAGAGGGACACCAGCCUGGCAUCACUGCGCAUGCUCAUUGUUGCUGACGGAGCCAACCCCUGGUCGGUGUCGUCCUGCGAUGCCUUCCUCAAUGUGUUCCAGAUCCACGGGCUGAAGCCAGAGGUCAUCUGUCCCUGUGCCACCUCCCCUGAGGCCAUGACGGUAGCCAUCCGCAGGCCGGGGGUGCCGGGGACGCCUCUCCCAGCCAGGGCUAUCCUCUCCAUGGGGGGUCUGAGUCACGGGGUCAUCAGGGUCAACACAGAGGACAAAAACUCUGCCCUCACCGUGCAGGAUGUGGGUCAUGUAAUGCCUGGAGCUCUGAUGUGUAUAGUGAAGCCUGAAGGGCCUCCUCAGCUCUGUAAGACAGAUGAGAUAGGGGAGAUUGUGGUGAACUCUCGUGCAGGAGGCAACAUGUACUAUGGCCUACCAGGAGUCACCAAGAACACCUUUGAGGUGAUUCCUGUCAAUGCUCUUGGUGCUCCUAUUGGAGAGAUCCCUUUUGUGAGAUCUGGACUCCUAGGCUUCGUAGGACCCGGCAGUCUGAUAUUUGUGGUGGGGAAGAACGAAGGCCUGCUGAUGGUGAGUGGGAGGAGACACAACGCUGAUGACUUGGUGGCCACAGCACUGGCCGUGGAGCCUGUCAAGACUGUGUAUCGUGGGAGGAUUGCAGUGUUCUCUGUGACAGUGUUCUAUGAUGAGAGGAUAGUGGUUGUGGCAGAGCAGAGGCCAGAUGCCAGUGAGGAGGACAGCUUCCAGUGGAUGAGCCGAGUACUGCAGGCCAUUGACAGUAUUCACCAGGUGGGUUUGUACUGCCUAGCCCUGGUGCCUGCCAACACAUUACCCAAGACCCACCUGGGAGGGAUCCACAUCUUCGAGACCAAGCAGCACUUCCUGGAUGGCAACCUGCACCCCUGUAAUAUCCUCAUGUGCCCCCAUACCUGUGUCACCAACCUCCCCAAACCACGGCAGAAACAGCCAGUGGGUGUGGGUCCAGCCUCCAUCAUGGUGGGGAACCUGGUAGCAGGGAAGAGGAUAGCCCAGGCAGCAGGCAGAGAUCUGGGCAUGAUCGAGGACCAGGACCUGAUCAGGAAGCUCCGUAUGUGGCCUACUAUGAUGCACCAGUUCCUGUCCGAGGCUCUACAGUGGAGGGCACAGACUGACCCAGACCACUGUCUCUAUGUGCUGCUCAAUGCAAAGGGGGUAGCGGUAUCCACAGCAACAUGUGUGCAGCUGCAUAAGCGGGCGGAGAAGAUUGCAGCGGCGCUCACAGAGAAAGGCAGCAUCAACACCGGGGACAACGUGGUGCUGCUCUACCCUCCUGGUAUUGACCUGAUAGCCUCCUUCUAUGGCUGUCUGUACGCUGGCUGUGUUCCUGUCACUGUCAGACCUCCUCAUCCACAGAACCUGGCAGCCACACUUCCCACUGUCCGCAUGAUCAUCGACGUCAGUAAAGCUGCCUGUAUCCUUACCACUCAGAACCUCAUGAGGAUCCUACGCUCUAAAGAGGCUGCUGCCACUCUGAACAUUAAAACAUGGCCGACAAUCAUAGACACAGAUGACCUCCCUCGCCAUAGACCCCCCACGAUCUACAAGCCCCCCACGGCAGAGAUGAUCGCCUAUCUGGACUUCAGUGUGUCCACCACGGGUAUGCUCACUGGGGUCAAGAUCUCCCAUUCAGCAGUCAGUGCUCUGUGUCGCUCCAUCAAGCUACAGUGUGAGCUCUACUCCUCACGCCAAAUAGCCAUCUGCCUGGACCCUUACUGUGGCUUGGGCUUUGUACUGUGGUGCCUCGCAAGUGUGUACUCGGGCCACCAGUCCAUCCUAAUCCCUCCUAUGGAGUUGGAGAGCUGUCUGCCCCUGUGGCUGAGCACCCUGAGCCAGUACCGCAUCAGAGACACCUUCUGCUCCUACUCUGUCAUGGAGCUCUGCACCAAGGGGAUAGGCACGCAGACAGAGAUACUCAAAGCUCGGGGGCUGAAUCUGUCAUGUGUGAGGAGCUGUGUGGUGAUAGCAGAGGAGCGUGCUCGUCUGGCCCUCACCAUGUCAUUCUCCAAGCUGUUUAAGGACCUGGGCCUCUCCCCCCGCGCUGUCAGCACAGCCUUUGGAUCCAGGGUCAACCUGGCCAUUUGCAUGCAGGGAACCACUGGACCGGACCCCUCUACUGUGUAUGUGGACAUGAAGUCCCUCCGCCAUGACAGGGUGAGGCUGGUGGAGAGAGGGGCCCCUCAGAGUCUCCCUUUGAUGGAGUCUGGAAAAAUCUUACCAGGAGUCAGGGUGAUCAUUGUGAACCCAGAGACCAGAGGACCUCUAGGAGAUUCCCAUCUAGGGGAGAUCUGGAUCAACAGCCCUCACAGUGCCAGUGGCUACUAUACCAUCUAUGGAGAGGAGAGCCUGCAGGCCGACCACUUUAACACCAAGCUGAGCUUUGGAGACCCCACGACCCUGUGGGCCAGGACUGGCUACCUGGGCUUCGUCAAGAGGACUGAACUACUGGAUGCCGCUGGGCAUCGUCAUGACGCCCUGUUUGUGGUGGGUUCCCUGGAUGAGACUCUGGAGCUUAGGGGACUGCGCUACCACCCCAUCGACAUCGAGACAUCUGUGUCCCGGGCUCACCGCAGCAUCGCAGAGAGUGCGGUGUUCACGUGGACCAACCUACUGGUGGUGGUGGCUGAGCUGUGUGGCUCAGAGCAGGAUGCCCUGGACCUGGUGCCCCUGGUCACCAAUGUGGUGCUAGAGGAGCACCAUCUUAUUGUGGGCGUGGUGGUCAUCGUGGACCCAGGGGUCAUACCCAUCAACUCCAGGGGAGAGAAACAGCGCAUGCACCUCCGGGACUCCUUCCUGGCUGACCAACUGGACCCCAUCUACGUGGCAUAUAAUAUGUGAGAGGCCAGGUGGAUGGGCUGGGCAGAUCAUCGUAUGGUGGAAAAGAUUCUGGCUGUUGGAGUGGGGGUUGGGAAGAAAGUAGUUUGGACCAACCUGCUCCAUAGACAGAAAAUGCAUGGUACCACAAUGGGCAGUAGGAGGGGGUUGGCUGCACUUUAUCGCACUGUAUUGACACAGCCCUUUUUGGGGUGCAUGUGGUUCAAAUCUUAGGUCUUUUACAUUCCAGGUCUGUUGGAUUUCAAGAGGCACUGUUGUGUUUUGAGAUGUACACUGUAUAAAAUGGUGUAUAUAUACAGUACCAGUCAGAAGUUUGGACACACCUACUUUUUACAAUUUUAUACAUUGUAGAAUAAUAGUGAAGACAUCAAAACUAUGAAAUAACACAUAUGGAAUCAUGUAGUAACCCAAAAAGUGUUAAACAAACCAAAAAUAUAUUUGAGAUUCUUCAAGGUAGCCACCCUUUGCCUUCAUGACAGCUUUGCACACUCCUGGCAUUAUCUCAACCAGCUUCAUGAGGUAGUCACUUGGAAUGCAUUUCAAUUAACAGGUGUGCCUUGUUAAUUUGUGGAAUUUCUUUCCUUAAUAGUGCAUUUCAGCCAGUCAGUUGUGUUGUGACAAGGUAGGGAUGGUAUACAGAAGAUGGCUCUAUUUGUAAAAGACCAAGUACAUAUUAUGGCAAGAAGAGCUCAAAUAAGCAAAGACAAAUUACAUUCCAUCAUUACUUUAAGACAUAAAGGUUAGUCAAUACGGAAAUUGUGCAGUCGCAAAAAACGUCAAGCGCUAUGAUGAAACGGGCUCUCAUGAGUAACCGCCACAGGAAAGGAAGACCCAGAGUUACCUCUGCUGCAGAGGAUAAGUUCAAUAGAGUUAAUUGCACCUCAGAUUUCAGCACAAAUAAAUGGUUCACAGAGUUCAAGUAACAGACACAUAUCAACAUCAACUGGAGACUGGGUGAAUCAGGACGUCAUGGUCGAAUUGCUGCAAAGAAACCACUACUAAAGGACACCAAUAACAAGACGAGACUUGAUUGGGCCAAGAAACACAAGCAAUGGACAUUAGACCGGUGGAAAUGUGUGCUUGGAGAUUUUUGGUUCCAACCGCCAUGUCUUUGUGAGACGCAGGGUAGGUGAACGGAGGAUCUCCGCAUGCGUGGUUCCCACCGUGAACUAUGGAGGAGGAGGUGUAAUGGUGUGGGGGUGCUUUGCUGGUGACACUGUCUGUGAUUUAUUUACAAUUCAACGCACACUUAACCAGCAUGGCUACCACAGCAUUCUGCAGCGAUAAGUCAUCCCAUCUGGUUUGAGCUUAGUGGGACUAUCAUUUGUUUUUCAACAGGACAAUGACCCAACACACCUCCAGGCUGUGCAAAGGCUAUUUGACCAAGAAGGAGAGUGAUUGAGUUCUGCAUCAGAUGACCUGGCCUCCACAAUCACCCGACAUCAACCCAGUUGAGAUAGUUUGGGAUGAGUUGGACCGCAGAGGGAAGGAAACGCUGCCAACAAGUGCUCAGCAUAUGUGGGAACUCCUUCUGUUGGAAAAGCAUUCCAGGUGAAGCUGGUUGAGAGAAUGCCAUGAGUGUGCAAAGCUGUCAUCAAGGCAAAGGGUGGCUACUUUGAAGAAUCUCAAAUACAAAAUAUAUUUUUAUUUGUUUAACACUUUUUUGGUUACUACAUGAUUCCAUAUGUGUUAUUUCAUAGUUUGUAUGUCUUCACUAUUAUUCUACAAUGUAGAAAAUAGUAAAAAUAAAGACUCCAAUCUCCAAUCUUUUAUCUGGCACUGUAUAUACACAUGCACACAAACAAAAGUAUGUGGACACCCCUUCAAAUGAGUGGAUUCAGCUAUUUCAGCCAAACCUGUUGCUGACAGGUAUAUAAAAUCGAGCACACAGCCAGGCAAUCUCCAUAGAGAAACAUUGGCAGUAGAAUGGCCUUACUGAAAAGCUCAGUGACUUUCAACAUGGCACCGUCAGAGGAUGCCACCUUUCCAACAAGUCAGUUUGUCACAUUCGUCAACAGUAUGUGCUGUUAUUGUGAAUUGGAACAACGGCUCAGCUGCAAGUGGUUGGCCACACAAGCUCACAGAACGGGACUGCUGAAACGCGUAGCGCAUAAACAUCGCCUGUCGUCGUUUGCAACACUCACUAUAGAGUUCCAAACUGUCUCUGGAAGUAACAUUGGGACAAGAACUGUUCGUCAGGAGCUUCAUGAAAUAGGUUUCCAUGGCCGAGCAGCCGCACACAAGCCUAAGAUCACCAUGCGCAAUGCCAAGCGGUGGCUGGAGUGGUGUAAAGCUCACCUCCAUUGGAGUCUAGAGCAGUGGAAACUUGUUCUCUGGAGUGAUGAAUCACACUUCACCAUCUGGCAGUCCGACGGACGAUUCUGGGUUUGGCAAAUGCCAGGAGAACGCAAGCUGCCCCAAUGCAUAGUGCCAACUGAAGAGUUUGGUGGAGGAAUACUGGUUUGGGGCUGUUGUUCAUGGUUCGGGCUCGGCCCCUUAGUUUCAGGGAAGGGAAAUCUUAACGCUACAUCAUACAAUAACAUUCUAGAUGAUUCUAUGCUUCCAACGUUGUGGUAACAGUUUGGGGAAGACCCUUUCCUGUUUCAGCAUGACAAUACCCCUGUGCACAAAGGCGAGGUCCAUACAGAAAUGGUUUGUGGAGAUUGGUGUGGAAGAACUUGACUGGCCUGCACAGAGCCCUGACCUCAACCCCAUUGAACACCUUUGGGAUAAAUUGGAACCCCGACUGUGAGCCAGGCCUAAUUGUCCAACAUCAGUGCCUGACCUCACAAAUGUUCUUGUGGUUGAAUGGAAGCAAGUCCCUGCAGCAAUGUUCCAACAUCUAGUGGAAAGCCUUCCCAGAAGAGUGAAGGCUGUUAUGGCAGCAAAAGGGGGACCAACUCCAUAUUAAUGCCCAUGAUUUAGGAAUGAGAUAUAUAUUUAUUUAGUGUUAUAUUUAUAUAUAUCCACCCGGACAGAGUCAGUGUCUACACCAAACACAGCUUUCAACUGGAAGGGAAGAGAACUCUACUCUUGCCACACCCUCUACGGCCCUCUUGCCCAAUCACACAACACCUCAACAGCCUGACUGGCCCUCUAUUUGCACAGUGUCAGGGAGUAUUAAGGUGCUGAAGUCAAUCUUACCUCUCUCCCCACUCCUCCAAGAUCCAAUCAUCUGGAAGGUAUUGCGAGGGGCCAAAUAGAUGAGGACUUCCUGUCUCUGGGGACAUAAUUUCCUGGGGUUGAGUGAUACAGUAUGUACUAAAGACGUUAAUCUUACUCCAUUCUUACUGGCUUUCCUCCCCAAGCUUUCCAGGUCUUACCCAGUCCUUGUUUUUUUAAAUGAUCUUUAACUUAUUCUAAAUGCUUGUGCUUGCUUCACCCUGCAGUGACGUAUCUGUGCACUUUGAGGCAGGGGUUUAUGAAGGAUGUGUAAAGGCAUGUUAUAACACUAAUGAACACACAUUAGAUAGACCAAUCAAAAGCAGUAGAGGAAAUUACGUCAGUCAGUCAUCAUUGGCUGUACUUGCAUCACAGGUUUAUUGCUUGAAAAGGCUAAAUAAGAAAUGGAACACAUUCUCAACUUUAUUGAAUUAAGAUUACUUCUUGCCUUAAAACUUUGCCCAUACAUGUUUUGUUUUUGUCCAUUGCUGUUCUUCAAUUUCAUAACUUUGUGUUAUUGGAGUGAUAAUCCUGAUUUGAUAUCCAAAGGGGAUGUUUGGAGUAGAACAUGGAGGCCAUUUACUGUACUGUACCCAUCAAGGCCUCUGUAUUUUAGAUAUACUGUAUUUCACUGUAUAGAUAUUAUUUUAAAAUUGUAUGUAUAAAUGUAAAAAAAAAAAAAAAUCUAUUUAUCUCUCUCACCUGAGUUUUCUGGAAAGCUAACCUAGUUGUGAACAGAUGGUGGUGAAAGAUUAUUGUACAUAAGAUUUUUUUUUUUAAAUGUAAUGGUAAAGACUAGUGAAUUCAAGAUCUUAACACUGAUCUUGCACAUGUCUAUUUUUGAUGAUCUAAUUAUGCACAUUCCUCAUGUUCAAGGAGCAUAUUAAUUGUGAGGAAUCAUUUUUGAGGAAUCCAAGUUCACUAGGGGUUAGCAGAAAGGAACCAGCUAAUAGUGCCAGAAGUUUUCCCUGGUCAAGUCACAUCAAGUUCGAAGGACCUUGAAAACCACGCCACCAUGAAUAAGGUUGUCAGGGAUUUGUACAGUCAGCCAUAACUCCUGGGCCCAACCAGAGAUUGGUUUGAUGUUAUGAGCUUGGGGAGAACGAUGAAACCAUUAUAAUGACUGUUUUGUGGCAUAGUAAAGCAAGCUCUUAUUUUUUGUAUGAACCACUGAUCAAUUUGAUUAGAUGGAGUGUACUUUUCAGUGAGUGUCCAAAGCUGAGUGAUUGAAGAAUGUGAGCGAAAUAAUUUGGCAAUGCAACAUUUUGCAUAUAAAAAGGACUUUCAGGGCCCCAAUUUGCAAAAGUAGGACUGUCAUAUUUAAUGUAAUUAUACAUUGGCCACUAUUAUACAACUACAAUAGUUGGCUACUCUGACAACCGAGUGAAUAAUUCUCCCCAUGUUGUGUAUGUUUGUCCCAGGACUUGCUUGUCAUUACUACUAACUGCAAUUAAUCUACCACUGGGAGGUCAAUAAGGGCUUCCUCUUCUCUCUGCUCUCUCCAAAAUACUUUUUGACACUAUGCAAUCAAUGGCUGUCCAGUUUAACCCCAAUGUUUACACAGCCAGGGGGAAAUUCAUGUUGCUUAUACAUUUUGUAAUAAAUUUACACAAAGAGGACUUCAA